AUGGAGGCACGCCGAGUAUGUCGCGCUGCAUUUCCCUCGCCAUCAUCUGCAUCACAGUACACCAAAGCUUAUUUCCUCGACCUUAUCCCAGAUUAUGUGGAUGGGGUGUAUCCCGUACAUCCGGUCAUUGCCGAAUAUGAGCUUCGACAGUACAUCGAGGUCAUGGACAACGAUCCAGAUGUUCGCUCGUUCGUCUUCGCUUUUGGCGCUUGCACGCUGAAUCUUACGCGUUACGGUGACCAAAGAACAGACGAAGUCGUUCAAACCAUCGAGAGCCUCAUGGACUACUCGAUCGACACCAUGAGGCGAACACACAAACAUUGUCAAGUGUCUGUCAUGCGAGCUGUCCAGUCGAUGUUCAUUCACAACUGCCUCAUGAGCCUGUCAGGUAGCGACAGCGCGUUUUACUACAUGCGAGACGCCAUCACGAUCAUUCAGCUUCUGCGGAUAGACAACCCGGAAAAUGUGGCACAGCUAUCCCCUCCCGAGCGAUCGCGAAGACAGCGGCUGUACUGGCAAGCGUACAUCCACGAGCGAUUUCUAGCUAUUUUAGACUACCGACGAGCUAUUUUACCCCCGCUCUUCACACUGCCUGAAGACGAUCCCACCCUUCCGAUACAAAUUCACGAGGGUUUCAACCAAAUCAUUAAGCUUUUUCGCAUGCUCGACACGGAGUUCCUAGAUAGUUGGCUUGAUUCCCAAGGAGGUAGCGUAACUAGCACCUGGGUUGAGGCCAAAUCGCGCGAGCUUGAAGGCGAUCCUGAAGCCGAUGCCCGAGAGCUGGCCAUGUUGUCAAUGAUGCAACGGGCCGAUUUAUGCAUCACCCGUGAGUGGCUGCGCACUUUGGUCUGGCGCUUAGCUAUGAGCCAGACCCUCCUAUCUUCCCGAUCAUCGAAAGAGUGUCUAUCGCUCUUGUUUCCAGUACGACUGUCACAGACGUUACGGCAACAACUAUCCAGCAUGUCGCGCCAAGAUAUCGAAGUACAUGGAAGCAGCAUCACUCAAAAGCUCUUCGAAAUUACGGACACCAUUGCUGAUGUUCUGAUUCAUGUCCCUGCAGCGACUAUCGAUGAAACAGCACUACGGGUUGAUGAUUUCCUUUUCAUCCUGGACUUUGUCUUGUUGAUUCCACAUCUUGAUCAAACACGGCGGGGAAUUUUGCAAGAGAAAUUGUUACGACUACAGACUAUGUUCCCUGAAGCACUCAGCAACGCUAGCUCGCCGAACUUGCCACUUGGCAGUCCUGGUGGCGCGAAUGACCCUUGGUACCAGGUUACGCAGUCGAAGACAGCUGCAGGAUUAGAAGAUUUGGCCGACGAAUUGGUGCAGACCCAAGCCCAAGAGAUCCCCAGAUUGGAGGUGAGAAGUGGGCAGUUGGCUACUUGGAAUAAUAUCUCACAUCGUCUAUCGAUGCAGGUCGCUCAUGUAGCUCAGUGA